AUAUAUAUCACAAAAAUUGAACCCUAUCAAGAGCCCAUUAAGUCUCCCUCGUUGGGAGGAUCGCCUUGUGGAUUGGCAUACAGAGAGAGACAGAGGAAGUAUGUGGGGUUUAGGAGUAACAGCAGUAAUGCUCACAAUGGAGUUCUUGGAGGUAGCCAUGAACACUGUAAACAAAGCAGCCCUGGGUAAAGGCAUGAGUCAAUUUAUACUUGUGGUGUAUUCUAAUAUGAUUGGGGUACUCUUGCUUCUUUCAUCUUCCUUCAUCUUCUACAGAAAAAGAAUCGCUCCACCGCUUACAUGGUUCAUAACGGGAAGAAUUUUUGUUCUUGGUCUGCUCUGCUUCGCCGGUCAGGUGUUUACCUACAUUGGGUUAGGAUACAGCUCCCCAACUCUGGCCUCGGCGAUGACUGAUUUAACUCCAGCUUUUACUUUCAUACUUGGACUCGUCUCCAGCUCUGCACUGUAUGGAUGUUGCCUUGACAUGUGGAGGAUGGAAAGGCUGGACUUGCGAAGCAAAAGCAGUCAGGCCAAAUCUAUUGGCACCAUGGUAUUGAUCACAGGGGGAUUAGUCCUGACUUUAUACAAAGGUCUGCCAAUUACAGGCUCUCCAUCAUCAGGUAAUAAAUUGCAGAAUGAGCUGCUUCUUUUGCCUUCAUCAAAUUGGGCCAUUGGAGGUUUUUUUCUUGCAGCUCAUAGUUUCUUCCUGGCGCUAAUUUUUAUUUUCCAGACAUGGAUAAUCAGGGACUACCCAUCGGAGAUUCUCAUUACACUCAUUAGCUGUAUCUUUGUGACCAUCCUAUCAGCCACUGUCUCUCUGAUCGCAGAGGAAGAUCCAAAUGCCUGGCGAAUAAGGCCCAAUAUUGAGUUGGUAGCUAUUGGGUACUCGGCAGCUUUUGCAGUAUCACUUCGAAGCAUUGUUCAUACAUGGGCAUGCCACAAGAAAGGGCCUGUCUACACUUCCAUGUUUAAACCAAUUGGGAUGGUUAUCGCAGUACUCAUGGGGGUGUCUUUUCUGGGGGAUACUCUCUAUCUUGGAAGUAUGAUAGGAGCUGUUAUUAUUGCCUUGGGGUUUUAUGCUGUGGUAUGGGGCAAAAGCCAAGAAGAAAGGAUGGUUGAAGACAAAGAGAAGUGUUGCUUGGAGUCAUCUUCCCCGAAAGUCCCUCUUCUGCAGAACAAAUGCACAAAUAUAUAGAGAAUUUUUGCAUGAAAUGCGCUCACACACACACACACACAUAUAUAUAUAUAAUUAGUAGAGGAUUGAGCCUUGAUGGAGUGGGAUUCAAAUCUAAGAGACCAAGCCCAGACUAUGCAUGUCUAAAUGAAACUUGAGUAUAUACAGAUCAUGCCCAUUUGUUGGGCACAUAAUUUAUUAAAAAUUUAAGGAAAAAUAUAAGCAAUAAAUGAUAAAAUCCUAAUAAUUAAAAGCUUAAUUAUCUUAUCAAAUACCAAGCUUUCACCAAAUGAUAAUAUAUUUUAUCUUAUCAAACCUAAUCAUUGUUCCCGUUAUUGAAAUCUAAUCAUGAUCGGUAGUCAUCAUUAACAACAAUACAUUUGGGAUUGCUGAGAAGAAUAAGCAAAAAUGCUGGAGGACAUCACAUGACUGCUAUUUUCAGAUUUGUGGAUGGCCUGUGCCGUCAGCGGCUUUUUGAAUUUAUGUCAUCUAGAAAUAAGUGCUUGAAUCUUGAUUUUUUUUUGUUUUUCUAUUUUUCAGUUUACCUCUUUCAGGUCACGUUUCUAGUAUUUUGAUGCUAGUUUCCUUCAACGUACCCCACAGAAAUCAACGCCUUAAAAAUAUUCUAUAAGUUAUCUUUUAGCUGGGUUGCUGUCCCUUCACUCUUUCCCACCUGGAUGCUUUUAUAGCUCUAAUUUAGGUGCCAUUCAUAUUGAAACAAUUAACAGAAAUUAUAACCAUCAAGCAGUUUGUUAAGUUAUUAUUAAGUUUUGAAUUAAUAAUAUUGGAAUUGCAUCGCCAAUCUGAUUGCUGUAUUGAAUCUGAUCUCAAACGAUUUUAGCUAUGCAUGGCUCGAUUCCAUGGUUUGCAGUUCUGUUAGAUCCGGGGACCUGUUUCCAGGGUGGUGCUCAAAUCCUCCGGAUAAGUUAUGUGAAUUGCCAUCUGAAGAUAGGUUGUAAUCUUUUGUUUUCAUCAAUGAAUGUUUUGCGUUUGAUUAGAAAAAAAAAUCGCCAUAAAGUGAUCAAGAAUAAAGUGGCCACGGUGAUUUAUAGAGCCAGCUGCAGGACAAAAUGGAUUGAUAUGAGGAUGCGAAAGUUUCCCAGGCAGAAGUUGGGACUGUACAAUUCGGCUGACAUGACUAAAUUAUGUGUGAGAACGAGUGGACCUUUCUUUGUUUCUACGUUCAAGCCUUUAGGGAUAAUUGCUGCUGCACUCAUGGGUAUCAUCUUUCUGGCAGAUGCUCUUUAUAUUGGAUGCUGGUUUUAUGCUGUUAUGUGGGGAAAAACCAAAGGGCAAGCGGGAAAUAAGGGCAAUGGAUCCAAGAUUCAGCACAUAAGGUUCCUCUGUUGCAAUACAAGAUUCAGCACGUAUGAUACUAGAUAGAGAAACAUAUAUAUUUGUAUAUAUAUGUAUGCGUUGAUACUGUUAUUAGGCCUCUUUCUACAGCCUAAUACUCGAUAAAGAGAACAACAAAUCUAAAAAGCACUUCAUUGAUGGCUCGCAAGAAUUUCCACAACAGGACUUACCUCCUGAUCUUCUAAUAUAAGAAUUUGUUAAGUUAAUUAGAUGAUUUCAGGGUGGAUUAGGCUUCCCAGUCAAACGGUUGAAGACAAACUAGUAGUGCAAGACAAACUUCUUGGAUUUGCAGCUUAAUACAUGGACAGCCAUUACUUUGUAACCGAUCACAUUACAUUUGGUUGCAUCAGCAAAAAUAUCAAUAAAAACAUCAUUUCAUGCUACAAUUCUGCUACUGGAAGUAUCUGAAUAAUUUCUCGCCAUUUUCCACUGCAAAUUGCUGAAAGUCUUGCAAUUAUUUGGCAUGACCCACAAAGAAAAUUCUGUUGCUGCAACAGAGAGAUGGGUGUAGGGCUUUGUAAUAAGAGGACCUUGCUGCCUUUCAUAGGAAUGGUAAGUGUGAUUCUGGCUCAUAUUACAAACAUGGUAGUAGCCAAAGUAGCCAUCUCCAGAGGGAUGAACAAGAAUGUCCUUGUUUUCUACUCCUUUGCCCUUUCCACCCUUCUGCUCCUUCCUUGUGCCUUAAUAUUGGACAGAUCAAACAGGGAUUCAUUCACCUUCUCCACGCUCAGUAAAAUCUUCUUACUUGCCCUGUUUGGAUUCGUUUCACUGACUUGUACAUAUGCUGGUUUAGAGUGCGGAUCUCCUAUGCUUGGCUCAGCCAUGCUCAACCUUAUUCCAGCUUUUACUUUUAUACUUGCCAUAAUUUUCAGGUCGUUUUCUCCUCGAUUCUGGUUAUUUAGUAUCAGAAUUCUGUGCUGUUACGGAUAAAUAAGGUCACUGGUGAAAAUAUCUACACCAUCUCUGUUUCAAACCAAUUAUGGGCAAAACAGUUUUUCCACCCAUCUAAGCAUGAAAUUUUUGGCGUUAGAAGCCACUUGUUAAAUGGGAAUAAUAAUUAAGCUUUGAUACAUAAAUUGGUCGCCUUCCAUCAGGCUUUUUUCGCUGCAAUAAAGCUUUGGACAGAACCCAAAACAAGUAUAAGUUGACCAUAUUCUUUCAACUUGAUUUCAGUUGGAUACUGAUAAUAUGGUCAAAUUAUACAUGAUAAAAUGGUUGUGAUUUUCAGAGCAUAUUCAUUAUGCUGCUAUAUUGCAAGCCUGCGUUGUUUUGCUGAAUGGGAGGUGCUUUAGGAUGGAAAAGCUAGAUUGGAGAAGCACAACAAGCCUAGCUAAAUCCUUGGGGGCGAUUGUUUCACUCACUGGAGCAUUUAUCAUGACAUUUUACAAAGGCCCACCAAUCAUGAAGACGUCUUCAGUUACUGUUUUACCCCCGCAACAAUUUCUUGCAUCAAAAUCAAUCUAGAUUCUCGGUGGACUUCUAUUUGCAGCUGAAGCACUUUUGAGUUCAGCAUGGUAUAUAUUGCAGGCAUUAAUCCUUAAGAAGUUCACAGCAGUGCUUACCAUAAUGUUUUACCUCUGCUUCUUUGGUACCAUGCUGUCUGCCUUGUACUCACUGAUAGUAGUUGAAGAUUCCGGUGCAUGGCAAUUAAAGCUUGAUAUGGGGUUGUUUUCUACAUCAUACUCAGUAAGCAUAUAGCAAACCUAAAUUCUCUUCUAAUUUCAAGACUGAAAUAUAAACCAAUUAAAAUGGAAAUUUUAAGAUAAUGAAGUUCAUGUAUUACCUCUAACUGCUGAUAAAUUAUUCCAGAAAUGCCUACAGAAUAAUCAUGUACGUGCACUAUGGCAAGAACUAGUCCUUGGAAAAAGAGGUUAAAUUGGGCAAAUAUAACUUCUAGCUUCAAAUGAAAAAUAAGAAUUUUUUUCCCCAAUUUACCUCUAUGUGACUUUAUUAUCAUUUGAACAUGUAGGCAGUUGUUUCAAUUGUAUUUCGUAGCAGUUUGUGUGCAUGGUGUCUGUCGAAAACGGGACCUGUCUAUGUUUCUGUGUUCAAGUCCUUGGGGAUUAUCUUUGCUUUAAUAAUGGAUGUCAUCUUUUUAGGAGAAGUGCUUCGUCUCGGAAUGUAACUGAUCAAAUCCAUUUUUCACCUCUUUCUUAUAUUAAUUCAAUAACAUUCUUUUUUAUUCAAUCAGUUUUAAAGUAGUGCAAACUGGUAUGGUAUUCCCCUCUUCUUGGACGUCUUUUACAGUGGGAAACUCAUACUGGGAGAACAAAUUCCAUUCCUAAUCCCUUGUAGUUCUUUAGAUACUGAAUUAGGCAGCAUUCCUGAAUUGAUUUAUGUUUGCUGCAAGUCCAACGUCACCCAAAAACAUUUAACAAGAUGAUGAUGGUAUAAGACCAGGACAAACUACUUAGGAAGAUCCAGUAAGCAAGCACAGUCACAGAGAAUCAAAUUGAUCACAGGAGUGGCAGUCACCUAUCAAGAAUUGAAAGUGGUGAUGAUGGACUUCGGAUGUAUCGAAUUCAGGGUGCUUGAACUUGGUACAGCUUUUAUACCCAUAGAGUAGACCAUAAGUAGAGAAAAGCAAUCCAAAUACAGGCAAUAGUUGCAAUUAAAGUCAUGCCAAGACCAACUAAUCUUAUUGAGUUCUGGCAUUUCUUAUUCUUUGAAUUCUCAAUUUUAUUUCUUGAAAAAGAAAAAGAAAAUUGAUAAUCUUAUGGUUAAACUGCUUGCAGUUUUAUUGGAGCAAGCAUUACUGUAACUGGAUUUUAUGCUGUGAUGUGGGGAAAGGCCAAAGAAGAUGACUACAUGAAUAGUGAGACAGGUGUGGGGAGUUUCAGAUCAUCCAAGGAAAAAGUCCCACUGUUGCAAGCCAGAGUUGAAGAAAUAUAGUCGCUUGUAGAGAAUUUCAUAUGUACAGUACAUAAGAUAAACAAAAACAUAAAUACAACUAUAAAUCUCCCUUUUGCUUAUUUCCUGUAAGCCACAAUGAUAUAACGUGUUUCUCUGAGGACUGAUGGUAGUUAAGUAAAUGCUUUUGCCGUUAUCAGUUACUGUAGUUAGUUAAAAAUUAGUUGGUAGUUUGAGAAAUGUAAAGAAAAGCUUGAAAGUAGCUGAGAUAUAAGAGAAAAGCUAAAUGUUACUGUAAUCAGUUUUUACCAUUCAAUAAGGUGCGGUUCGGUUCAA